AUGACGAUCCCCGAUGAGGUCGAUAUCAUCGUGUGUGGUGGUGGUUCCUGCGGAUGUGUCGUUGCUGGACGUCUGGCCAAUCUCGACCACAAUCUCCAGGUCCUCUUGAUUGAGGCUGGAGAGAACAACCUCAACAACCCAUGGGUGUUCCGCCCCGGCAUUUACCCUCGUAAUAUGAAGUUGGACAGCAAGACUGCCUCCUUCUAUUACUCUCGCCCUUCGGAGUGGCUCGAUGGACGCCGAGCUGUUGUGCCCGUUGCACACAUUCUUGGUGGUGGAUCUUCGAUCAACUUCAUGAUGUACACCCGAGCCUCCGCUUCUGAUUACGAUGACUUCCAGGCCAAGGGCUGGACCACCAAGGAGCUCAUUCCUCUCAUGAAGAAGCACGAGACCUACCAGCGUUCCUGCAACAACCGCGACAUUCACGGAUUUGAGGGACCCAUCAAGGUUUCUUUCGGCAACUACACCUACCCAAUCAAGGAGGACUUCCUUCGUGCUACUGAGUCUCAAGGCAUCCCCACUACCGACGAUCUUCAGGACCUGGUCACGGGACAUGGUGCUGAGCACUGGCUCAAGUGGAUCAACCGCGACACUGGACGUCGAUCUGACUCUGCUCAUGGAUACAUCCACAGCACCCGCGCUGUUCACCAGAACCUUCAUCUUCUUACUUCCAACAAAGUUGAGAAGGUUAUCUUGGAAGGUGAUCGCGCAGUUGGUGUGAAAGUUGUUCCGACCAAGCCUCUCCACCCCACACAGCAGUCUUCCAGAGUUAUCAGGGCACGCAAGCAGAUUAUCGUCUCUGGUGGUACUCUCAGCUCUCCACUUAUUCUUCAGCGCUCUGGUAUCGGUGACCCAGAGAAGCUCCGCAAGGCUGGCGUCAAGCCCCUGGUCGAUCUUCCCGGUGUUGGUCUCAAUUUCCAGGACCAUUACCUGACCUUUGCUCCGUACAGAGCGAAGCCAGGUACCGAGUCUUUCGAUGAUUUCAUGAUGGACAGCUGGCCCUGCCCAGAGUUCCGUUCGGGCUGGGACUCGGAAUAUCCAUUUUCUCGCGGUUCAACCCAUAUCACUUCGCCGAACCCAUAUGACGCACCCGACUUCGACGCAGGCUUCAUGAACGAUAAGCGAGACAUGGCACCGAUGGUCUGGGGCUACAUUAAGUCGCGUGAGACUGCCCGUCGCAUGGCGGCCUAUGCCGGUGAAGUGCACCACAUGCACCCAACCUAUGCCUACGAUAGCCCCGCACGCGCCCGCGACAUGGAUCUAGCUACUACCAAUGCGUAUGCUUUGCCUGGCAACAUCACCGCAGGUAUUCAGCAUGGUUCCUGGACUAUGCCACUCGAGAAGGGCCGUGCUCCCCAGCCUAACUUCUUGAGCUCGAACCAGCAGGAAAUCAUGGACGAUCUCCACUACUCGAACGAGGACAUCAAACACAUUGAGGAUUGGACCAAGCGCCACGUUGAGACUACAUGGCACUCACUCGGAACGUGCUCCAUGGCUCCCAAGAACGGCAACUCCAUCGUCAAGCACGGUGUACUCGACGAGCGCCUGAACGUCCACGGCGUCAAGGGUCUCAAGGUCGCCGACCUGUCCAUCUGCCCCGACAACGUUGGCUGCAACACAUACUCGACCGCGCUCUUGAUCGGCGAGAAGUGCGCCGUGUUGACAGGAGAGGAUCUUGGAUACAGUGGUAGUGCUCUGGACAUGAAGGUUCCUACUUACCAUGCUCCCCGCGAGGUUGUUGGUCUUUCCCGCUUGUAG